UGUAUAUAACCCGGCCAUCCCUCAGGGGCGGCUUACACUGGCGCGGAGGGAGCCCGAGGGGACACGGCGGCGGUACAAGCUGCAGGGGCCGGAGACGCGAGGACACCCACGCUCUGCACGACGACAUGGAUUCGCUUGAGAAGGACCAGAUUGAGACCCUCCGCAAGGCCUUCGACUCCUUCGACACCGAGAAGGCAGGCUCCAUCGGCACCGAGACCGUGUCCACCAUCUUGAGGAUGAUGGGCGUCAAGAUCUCGGAGAAGAAUCUGCAGGAGGUCAUCGCUGAGACGGAUGAGGAUGGAUCUGGAAUGCUGGAAUUCGAGGAGUUCGUCGAGCUCGCCGCCAAAUUCCUGAUCGAAGAGGACGAGGAAUCCCUCAAAGCGGAACUCAAAGAGGCUUUCCGUAUCUACGACAAAGAAGGCAACGGCUACAUCACCACCGAUACCCUGAAGGAGAUUCUGAAGGAACUGGACAACCGGCUUACCAACGAGGAACUGGACGGGAUCAUCGAGGAGGUGGACGAAGACGGGUCCGGGACUUUGGACUUCGAUGAAUUCAUGGAGAUGAUGGCUGGCUAAGAAUCUCAACUCUUCUCCCCAGUGUCAAAAUUAGAAAAA